CACGGACAUGCAGUCAGUUUGAUAAGGAUCGAGUGACAUUGCUUCUUCGACCCGAACCAAGGAAUCCCUUAGAUAUGAUGCAAAAAGGAUCUUGUUCUAUCCUUGAUCAGAGAUUUCUCUAUGAAAAAGACAAAUCGGAGUUUGAAGAGGGGGAAGGAGCCCUCGACCGGCAACAGAUAGAGGAGGAUAUAUUUGCUUUCUCUAGAAUGUUCCACAACCUUACUAUCCUAUGGUACACCCUACCACAUAAUAUCCUGAAUCCUAGGUUUAAAAGUGCACAACCGCACAUCAGUUUGUCAGAUCCUGAUAUUCUAUUCUCAAAAAUCUCGCCGCCUGUCUCAAAUCUUACAAACCCUAAUAAACGGAAGCAGCUUUCUUGGGCCGAUCUUCCAAAGCUGAAGGGUCAAAAAGAUCACGUCGAUAUUUUUCAGUUUAGAAUCUUCAAGUAAAGGUCCUAAAUGUCAAACAUUCAUCACAAAAGCUAGCCGAUAUCUUGAUAAUAGAUCUAAUUUCAUUUAUCCAACGGCCAAGAGGUAUCGUUCUUGCAGCUUAUCCUAGAAUCAAAAUUCAACCAGCGAAAUAUAUAAAUGGGUGUAGUUUCUAGAAAACAACGCUCAUGUAUUACAAACCUUCCAGAUGAUUAUUUGUAUCUGAUCUUCGAAAAACUAGACUCUAAUCUUGAUCGGGAAUCUUUCGGCCUAACUUGUCAUCGUUUUCUUAAUAUUCAUGAUUCAAGUUGUAAGGUUUUGGACCUACAACACUUAAGUUGGUUAAAAAACUCCAGUAGGGGCUACAUUGAAGUCCAUUCCUGUAUGAUUCAUAGAUUGCUUAACCGUUUUAGGCAAUUAGAGUCAUUGUCCCUAACUGGGUGUAAGGAUGUCACUGAUUCGGGUUUAGUUCUAUUGCAAAAAUAUGGCCUUCAAUUGCGUUCUAUUGAUCUUGAUUCUUGUGCUCGAAUCACCAAUGUAGGAUUUUCUUCUAUUGCCUCUGGCUGUCCAUCUUUGUCGGUAAUUAAUCUUUCUUCUAGUUCUAUUGGAGACAGUGGAUUAGAAAUCUUAACAAAAUCAUGUAACUCUUUGAAAAAAGUGAGUCUUGGUUGGUGUGAGAACAUAACUGACUCUGGUAUUCAGUCUCUAAUCCAGAAUUGUCGUCAACUUACAGAACUCCGAAUAACAGGCUGUUCCAAAAUUAAUGGUAUAGGCUUUAAAGGGUGUUCUUCCACCUUGGCUUCUUUGGAAGCCAAUUGUUGUAUGCUUGCUACGGAUUUGACUGAAGUUUUGAGUGGAGGGGGGCUCGAAUAUCUAAAUAUUGCUUUUAAUUAUCACAUAAUGGAAUAUGGACUUGCGGCCAUCGGUUCAGGAGUUGCUGCAAAUCUUAAAACCCUUAACUUGUCGGGGUGUAGUUUUGUUACGGAUUAUGUUAUCAUACGAAUCUCAAAAGGAUGUCCGUUUCUACAAGAAUGGAACUUGGCAUCUUGUAAAAAUAUUACCAUCUCUGGUUGGGAAUCGAUUGGAUUGUAUUGUCAAAGUUUGGAGAGAAUCCAUGUAAACGGUUGUUUGAAGCUCUGUGGUCGAGGAUUACUAGCUCUCGGUAAUGGCUGUAAACAGCUAUCUGUGAUAUACAUAAAUUUCUGCCCGCUAAUCACUCCAUCUGUGAUCCAAUUCUUUAGGAUGCAAAGAGAAGAUGUUGAGAUCAAAGAUCCGCCAACUUCUUUGUUGAAAUUUGUCCCGGGCGGUUGGACAUUUGAAACACUCAGCCUGUAGAACGAUCAAGUGUUGCGGAAGGAGGGCCAAAAACAUAACUUGAUAGACAUCUUUAUCUUACUUUAUUUGUAAACUUCAUAAAUUGUAUUAUGCUUUCCUAAACUUGGUUUUUUAACAAGGAUGAGCUUAAAGAUAUAUACAUGCAAGCAAUUAAGAAACUGGGUGAUUAAUGUUU